CGUUACCAUCGCACGAAACCGGGGCGAAAACACCCUCUUCCCAGGCAAGCAGUAGGUCGGUUGACCAUUCUGGUUAUGCCAAAUGGCUGGAAGAAGUUGCCAAUGCUUAGCACCAUCGAGUUCCGUCCGCAGAAAAUGCUGUUGGUCAGGCGAAAGUGAUGGAUAAACCCGGCAGAAAGUCCACCGCCCUGCCAAUUAGUCCAACAGUCCGCCCCGGUUCUCGUAGCAGCGCUAAUAGAUAUUCACAAACAUCCCCUUGACUGCCAAUGAUCUACCGGUCCGAUUUCCGGCGGCCGAACUCCGCGCAGAAGACGGUGGCCCUCGGUGACCAACCACCUCCACGCUCUUCGUCGCCGUAGUAAUGAUAGAUAUCUACUACCCUCCGAUUACAUCUCGAAACAUGAAUCAUGAAUGCAGUGAAUUUCACCCUUCUCUUUCUUCUUUCUUUGUGGGUUCGUUUCUUCGCCCGAGUUCUCCGCGGUUACAUCUGUACGUGCCAUCCAGUGUGCACCGAUCAGAUUGAAGAAUGCACUCCAAGAAGCAGAAGGGUUGCCAUCUGUAUGGAGUGCCCUAGGUGCUGUGUGUGUGUUCGUAAGUCAAUUAAUACCAUCUAUCCAACUGUCUGAACUUGAUCAAAUGCGUUG